AUGGAACGAGACGAUGUAGAUGGCUCUCUCCCACAUUCACAGCUUGAUUCCCAACCCUCCAUUCUGAGCUGCACGCUUUCAUUGGACCACGUUGGCCAAGUUUGCCUCAACUUCAACUCUGAUGGGUUGUCUUGGACAUUGCUUGAGCCAUUGGACAAUGAUGACUCAACUUGUUUGUGCAUCAAAUUUGCUUCGAAGGUUGCAACGACCGAUAUCAAGUUUUCAGAUGUGUAUGCUGUUGAGCUGAUCGGCUAUGGUGUGAUUCACGGACCAAAUGUCUCGAAUGCUCGAAGAUGCCUCAAGGGUCAUCGUGAACAUGACUCUGAGAGCUACCGCUUUACAGUGCAUGGUUUCCAGAGCUCAAAGACUCUUCCGUCAGUUCAUGUCCUUGCUACAUAUACAUUUGGUCAUAAGGAUCUCCACAUUUGUCAGAUGUGGGUCCAUCAAAUCAAUGCUUCUCUGGACUUACAGCAGGGGAGGCCAAAGAAUCUUCUGGUUUUUGUUCAUCCAAUGAGUGGGAAGGGAAAUGGCUGCAAAACUUGGGACAGUGUGAGUCCUAUUUUCUCCCGCGCUAAAGUGAAAACAAAGGUGAUUGUGACCGAAAGGGCAGGGCAUGCCUAUGAUAUGAUGGCAACUAUAGGAAAUAAGGAACUUAUUUCAUAUGAUGGAGUUAUAGCUGUUGGUGGUGAUGGUUUUUUCAACGAAAUUCUUAAUGGAUUUCUUUCUUCACGGCAUAAAGCUCCAUAUCCUCCAACUCCUUCAGAUUUCCUUGAUUCUGCUAGUUGUAAUGAGAGUCUCAUUGUGAAUGAUCCAGAUCCAAGUGACACCAUUAUUGAAGCUUCUUCUCAGAACAAUGAACAAUCUCCUCUCCUCUUAAGUUCAAGUGAUAAUGGCUCAGGAGUCUCAAAUAUCACUGAUCAAGAGCCUGAGUUCUCCUUCCCCAGUGAACAUUUAAGAUUUGGACUCAUUCCUGCUGGCUCAACUGAUGCCAUUGUGAUGUGUACAACAGGAGCUCGAGAUCCUAUAACAUCUGUGUUUCACAUUGUCCUUGGUAAAAGAGUGUGGCUUGAUGUAGCCCAAGUUGUGAGGUGGAAAACAGAAACUACAUCAAAGGUUGAACCUUAUGUACGCUAUGCGGCUUCUUUUGCUGGGUAUGGAUUUUAUGGAGAUGUCAUUACAGAGAGUGAAAAGUACCGUUGGAUGGGACCUAAAAGAUACGAUUAUGCAGGAACAAGGGUGUUUUUGAAGCACAGGUCCUAUCAAGCCGAAAUAGCAUAUAUAGAUGUAAAAUCAGAAGAAAUAAAUUCGACUUCUGAGAAAGGUAAUGUUGGUGGUCGCAAGCGACCAUUUUGGAGCUCUAAUAAAUCUGAAAAAGUGAUAUGCCGUGCCAACUGCAAAGUUUGUUGCUCCAAGCCUACUCACAGGUCCCCAGAUGAUUCUCGUAUGACCCCUUACUCACAAGCAGGAGAGACUAAAUGGUCUAGUUCCAAGGGAAAGUUUCUCAGUGUUGGUGCUGCUGUAAUUUCUAAUAGAAAUGAAAAGGCACCUGAUGGUUUGGUGGCUGAUGCACAUCUUUCAGAUGGUUUUCUCCAUCUCAUAUUGAUCAAAGACUGUUCUCAUGCUCUCUAUCUUUGGCAUCUUACACAGCUUGCCAAGAAAGGAGGAAAUCCUUUUGAUUUCAAGUUUGUGGAACACCACAAGACCCCUGCUUUCACAUUUACUUCUUCUGGCAAUGAGAGUGUUUGGAAUUUGGAUGGCGAAGCAUUUCAAGCACACCAACUAUCAGCACAAGUAUUCCGUGGUCUUAUCAGCUUGUUCGCCACCGGUCCAGAAGUUUGA